AUGAAAAUUAAUAGUAAGGAUAAUAAAGAACAAGAAAGAAUAAUAACAGAAGAAAUAAGACUAGCAUUAAAAUAUAAAGGCAAUGUUCAUAAAGGAAAUGAUGAAAUAAUAUCUGUUGAUUUUGAUGCUUUAUUAAAAAGAAGUUCAACAGAAAAGACAGGUUUAACACAACUAUUAGAAGAUGCAACAGAUCUAAAAGAAAAAGUUGUUUUAGAAGAAGAACAACAACAAUCUGAAUUUAAAAAUAAAAUGAUUGAGACGGUAGAAAAUAGAGAUGAACUUAUAAAAUAUUCUUUUAAUAUUAUUUGGAAAGCUACCGAAGGCAAAAUAACCAAUGCCACUUUUAAUACGAACCCAUUGUUUUCCGUUUCCUUUUUUUUAAACGAUGAAACUUCCGAAACAUUACAUUUGGACGCACCAAAUGUGGUGCUUAUCAAAAGAGAAAAUUUUUUAAAGGUCUUAAAUCUUACGGAGCAGAAUGAGGUUCCAAUUAUAAUUGACGAUGAAAUAAAUUCUAACAUAGAAAAUCUUAAGAAGGAUCAAGGAAGUGAAUUUCAAGAUUUGGAUCCUGUAACCUAUUCUA